CUAAAAUAGACAGAACAGAUCACAAAAAUACCAAAUCGGGGAACUCCUGGACCUCAGAUAGCGCUCUCAGAGCUCAGCUCUGAGCCUUUCGGUUUUAUCUUCAAGCUGCGCACUUUAUAAUUCCCAGAAUUCAAGACGAAAUUCGACGAUGGUCGUUUGCUUAAGCUUUCAACGCGGCCUCUGCCCAGCCGGCUCAUCUUGCCCCAAUGAGCACAUUGAUAUGAAGAAAUAUCUACGAGAGGACCUAAGGGCUAAUCUCAACGGAAGGGUGUGGCCCCUAUCUGCUUAUGGGCCGUUUCCAAGGAAGGGCAGCAUGCCUAACUUCAUCGAGGAUCAAUCGUUCGAGGAAGUCCGGAUGCGAUAUUACGAGACCAAGCGGUUGAAUCUCCUCGACCAUUGCCAACAGCAGUUUAAGAUAACUUUUCAGGAUGCUACCUACAAGAUAAACUUGUUGUUGGCGGCAACGCCCCAAACGGUGGAUACCAUGAUCAAAAUUUACGAGAGCGAAGCUAAUUCUGCAGCUGGGAAGCCCUCGACAGUCCAUCGUUUAGUUAGUGGACAAGUGAAAAGUCCAUUUGGCGGUCUCGAAGAACAGACAAAACCAUCUCAAACCACUUUCACAAUAACUAGCCCUUUUUCCCAAACCAAAUCGAGUGCUAAUUCAGGAGGUGCCAUUUUUGGAGCUCCCAAGGCAAAUGGUAGUCCAGGAAAUAUCACUUUUGGCGGAGGAUCAUCAUCAUUUGGAGCACAAAGUAAUUUUCCACAGCCCCAGAAGGAUCAAACGAUUCCCAGCUUUAGCUUUCAGCAGAAGGUUAAACCGCAGAGCCAAGGAAUCAAUUUCGGAGGAACCAGUGGUCAAGCUAAAAGCAUCUUUGGAGAAACAACUAAUCAAGCUAAAAGCAUCUUUGGAGGAACCACGGUCAAUGCCAAGCCAAAAAGUGAUAUUUUCGGCCAAGAGCCAAAGGCAUCUACAGGAUUCAGUUUUGGAGGAACCACUGGUCAAGCUAAAAGCAUCUUUGGUGGAACCCCUGGCCAAGUCAAUAGUAUUUUUAAUGUAAAUGGUAAUCCAGCUUUUGGUGCAACCAAGGGGAAUGUUAAGCCAGGAAGUUCUGGCGAAGCUUCAAAGGAAUCCAAAGGAUUCACAGGAAUCCACAUUUUCGGAGGACCCACCAACAGGCCAAACAAUAAUACCAUUUUUGGAUUACCCAAAGUGGAACCAACUGGAAAAUCUAAUCAUUUCCGUAGUUUUCAACUGCCUGAACUAUCGCAGCCCAACAAACCGUCUGGUCAGACAUCUAAUCCCCAGCAGGAAACCGUCACCAGUUCGACGAGAACCGCCAGGUGCGACAAGUGCAACUCCUUAGUGGAAAUGCCGGAGGAGGCGAUUCCAACCGAGGAAGAGCAGAAGCGAAAGGUGUCCAAGCUACCACCUGCACCGCAGAAGAUCAUGGAGUAUCUGGACAAACACGUGGUGGGCCAGGAUUUGGCCAAGAAGGUGCUGGCAGUAGCAGUGUAUAAUCACUACAAACGUAUUCACCACAAUUUGCCGCAGAAGGAGAAAACCGACCAAUCCGGUCAGGAUGACAUUCUGAAGCUCGACCAGCUGCACAUUUCUGGAAACUCGACUACACUCGACAGCACUUCGGAGAAAGGAGUAAUGCCCAACCUAGAAUCCGGCAAGGAAGAGACCGUUAAGCUGGAGAAGAGCAACAUCAUUAUGCUGGGCCCAACAGGAUCGGGAAAAACCCUAAUCGCCAAGACCAUCGCCAAGUGCCUGGACGUUCCCUUCGCCAUUUGCGACUGCACCACAUUGACGCAGGCGGGCUACGUGGGCGAGGACAUCGAGGGCGUUCUCUUGAAGCUGCUGCAAGAUGCCAACUUCAACGUGGAGCGCGCCCAAACUGGCAUCGUUUACUUGGAUGAGGUGGACAAGAUUUGUGCCGUCGCCGCAUCAAAGCAGCGGCGGGACAUUGGCGGCGAGGGCGUCCAGCAGGGCAUGCUGAAGAUGCUGGAGGGAAGCGUGGUAAACGUGACCCAUCGGAAGCAACUAUUUGGCAAGAAGAUCCAGUUGGACACUACGAACAUCCUGUUCGUGGCUUCCGGCGCCUACACGGGUCUGGACAAGAUCAUCGCGAGACGCCUCGACGAGAAUGGAAACGACCUGGCCUCGCCGAGCGGUUCCAGUUCCCCGGUUACGGAUCACGAGGAACGGGAUAAGUGCCUGUCCAAAGUGCAGGCUCGUGAUCUGUGCGAGUUUGGCAUGAUACCAGAGUUCAUUGGCCGUUUUCCGGUUAUUGUGCCAUUCCAUAGUCUGAAUGUGAGUAUGUUGGUGCGCAUUCUUACCGAACCGCGCAAUGCGCUAGUGCCUCAAUACAAGGCGCUGUUAGGAUUGGACGCUGUAGACCUGACCUUCACCGAGGACGCCAUAGAGUCGGUGGCCCAGCUGGCGAUGGAGAGGAAUACAGGAGCUCGCGGACUUCGGUCCAUUAUGGAGCAACUUCUGCUGGAUCCCAUGUUCCUGGUGCCAGGCUCAGAUAUUCGAGGGGUUCACAUAACCGCCGAUUAUGUUAGGGGAAAGUCCAAACCCGAGUACAGCCGUUUAACGGACGACGCGGCUUCCGAGAACAUUGCCAAGGACUCGGAUGCCAAAACGGAUUAGGGCUUAAGAUCAGUGAAAGUGCGCUCGUGCGCACUGAAAAAUGUAUACAUCUUUUGUUAUAUAUAUAA